AGUGUCACGGGACACCAACAUGGCCAAGAAAAAAUCCCUUGAUAUUCCUGUUUACGCUUUUAUAACCUCCAAUUUGUAGAUAAAUAACGUUAAAAAAUCACAAAAAUGUUGGCCGUUCAGGGCAUGAACCAGUCUGGGAUUCCAGACAAGAUGUGGCAGCCCCCAUUCGUCGCAUUCGAGACGACAAUGGGCGAAAUCACAAUUGAGCUUUACUGGAAACACGCCCCACAAACGUGUCGAAACUUUGCCGAAUUGACCAGGCGAGGUUACUACAACAACACAAUUUUCCAUCGGGUUAUACGCGAUUUUAUGAUACAAGGUGGGGACCCCACGGGGACAGGUAAAGGGGGGCUGUCAAUUUACGGACAGACAUUUAAGGACGAAAUACACCCAGAGUUGAAACACAGCGGGGCUGGAAUUUUGUCAAUGGCCAAUUCGGGCCCUGACACCAACGGGUCACAGUUUUUCAUCACUUUGGCGCCUACGCAGUGGUUGGACGGGAAACACGCGAUUUUUGGGCGAAUUCAGUCAGGAAUGAACGUUGUGAAGAGGAUAGGGCUAGUGGAGACCGACAAAAAUGAUAGGCCUGUUGAUGAAGUGAAGAUAAUAAGGGGAAAAGUUAUUAAGAACUAAGUGAUUUUUAUAUAAUGCGAAAAUUAAUAAAAAAUACGAACUAACAA